AUGUCUCUUCCGGGCCUAGAGCUCACCCAGCCCUCCGAGGAGAGGCAAUAUGCUGUCGCCCCGCCGGCGCAAAUCACCCUGAACCCAGGUUCAGAGUGGAGAUUCGAGGUCGCGUUUGGUCACAUCGUCAAAGUUAAGCUUCUGAACGGAACCGCCGAACUCUUCGGAACCGAACUCGCCGAGUCACAAACAUACACAUUCACCGGCACUAAAGCUGCAAUCUACACAUGGCACGGCUGCGAACUCGAAAUCAGCGCCGGUGACACCGCGACCACCACCACGGUGGAUGGAUCCACGUCCGCAGCAGGCCGCGGCGCAGGCGGCUGCCAGAGCGAGUACACGUCCGAUGACACCUCCAUGGUGGAAUAUGCCAAUCUCCACUUUGCGCUCGAGUCAAUACGGGAGGAUUCGCAAGGAUCAGGCAAGGAUGGUCCUCGGGUGUUGUUGCUGGGUCCCGACAACGCGGGCAAAACCAGCUUGGCCAAGACCCUUACUGCGUAUUCGACGAAGCUUGGGGGACAACCGCUGGUUGUGAAUCUUGAUCCGACGGAAGGCAUGCUCAGCGUUCCGGGUACAUUGACCGCGACGGCGUUUCGCACAAUGCUGGAUAUCGAGAAUGGCUGGGGCAACAGUCCCAUGUCGGGGCCUAGCCCUGUGCCCGUGAAACUGCCGCUCGUCUACAGUUAUCCGUUGCCUAGUCCGUUGGACGGCGAGGGCGCGGUCUACCGGCCCAUUGUGUCGCGCUUGGCGCUUCAGGUUACGGAGCGCAUGGCUAAAGAUGAGGAUGUUCGUCGCACGGGAAUCAUUGUCGAUACACCGGGUGUCCUGAGCUCUGGCAAGCCUGGAAGUCUUGAAUUGAUCAAUCAUAUCGUCACCGAAUUCGCUAUUACUACCAUCGUGGUCCUGGGCUCGGAGCGCCUGUACAGCAACAUGGUCAAGCAAUACGAUAAUAAGCCCAGUUCAAGUGCUGCCGCGGCCGUUUUCGAUGAGCGGGUCUCUGUUGUGAAGCUCUCAAAAUCUGGGGGCUGCGUUGAUCGCGAUGCGGCCUUCCUCAUGAAAACACGCGAGUCCCAGAUUCGAUCCUACUUCUUUGGCAAUUCGGCUCCUUCGAAUGCUCUCACGACCGCCAUUACCUUAUCUCCUUCUACUUUGCAAGUCGAUUUCUCUUCCCUAACAGUCUACAACUACACCGUCACUUCUAUCGAGGACGAAGAUGAAGACGACUAUGACCCGUCCCAACUUAGCACAGGCGACUCUUUCCUCCCGGGUGGAGGCGUUGACGAUUAUUCCCCGCCAAAACAAGAACCAGAUCGCGCUGCACCUCUUCCCGGCAUCGUCGGUCUUUCGUCCGACCAGCACAUAUCCUCCGGGCAUUCAUAUGCUAAUAGCAACAUUCCUCUAAAACGGAUCCUUCCCCCUGCGCCUUUGGCCCUGGAAAAUACUCUCAUCGCUAUCACCCACGCGCCGACUACUGCUUCGCCAGCUGGUGUCCGUGAUGCCAGCAUUAAGGGAUUCCUCUAUGUCGCCAAUGUGGACGCAGAGAAAGGGAAGAUCUUACUUCUGUCACCAAUUCGGGGAACGAUUCCCUCGGCAGCUAUGAUCUGGGCCAGGCGUUGGCCUGAUGAGGUUGUUGGGUUGGUUGGUUGA